GCAGCAAAUUACUAAAAAAAACUUUUAAUUUUUCAAUAAUAUAAUACAUAAAAACAUGUCUUUAGUGUGCGUAGAAGACUUCGAACAAAAUGCGAAAACCAAGCUGGAAAAAAAUGCCCUGGACUACUAUAAAAGUGGAGCUGGAGAACAAUAUUCAUUGAAACUGAACCGUGAUGCAUUUAAACGGUUGAGACUGCGUCCACGUUGCCUACGUGAUGUCUCCCAAAUUAAUAUCAGUUGUGAAAUAUUUGGACACAAAUUGCAGUGGCCAUUGGGUAUCGCACCUACGGCCAUGCAAAAGAUGGCUCAUCCAGAUGGGGAGGGCGGCAAUGCUAGAGCUGCUGGUAAAGCGGGAUCAAUAUUCAUUUUGAGCACUCUUUCAACAACAUCGCUGGAGGAUUUGGCAGCUGCAGCGCCUGAUACAAUCAAAUGGUUUCAGCUCUAUAUCUACAAGGAUCGGUCGCUUACAGAAAGCCUGGUACGAAGAGCAGAGAAGGCUAACUUUAAGGCACUCGUACUUACUAUAGAUGCACCUAUUUUUGGGCACAGAAGAGCUGAUGUGCGCAAUAAUUUCAGCUUACCAUCACAUCUCUCCUUAGCAAACUUUCAAGACGAAAAAGCCAAUGGUGUGAUUACAAUGAAAGGCGCCUCAGGCAUUAACGAAUAUGUCUCCAGUCAAUUUGAUCCUACAUUGUCAUGGAAGGACAUAAAAUGGCUAAAGGAAAUCACCAAAUUGCCAAUUGUGGUGAAAGGCGUUCUAACGGCCGAAGACGCAAUAUUAGCCCGCGAAUUCGGCUGCCAUGGCGUAAUUGUAUCAAACCAUGGUGCCCGGCAGAUCGACACCGUGCCAGCAAGCAUUGAAGCCUUGCCGGAAGUUGUUAAGGCUGUUGGCAACGAUUUGGUAGUUAUGAUGGAUGGUGGAAUUUUGGAGGGCAAUGAUAUUUUUAAGGCGCUCGCUUUAGGCGCUAAAGCUGUUUUUGUUGGGCGCCCGGCUGUUUGGGCCCUUGCCUAUAAUGGUCAGCGCGGUGUUGAAGAAAUGCUACAUGUUUUACGAAAGGAUUUCGAAAUCACAAUGGCAUUAAUUGGCUGCCAGGCACUAAAAGACAUUCAACCAUCUAUGGUAGCCCACGAAUCAACGUACUCUAAAAUUUAAACUGCAGCGCGAGGGAUACAAUUUGAAUUAAGAAAAACAUAUGCAUUUCAAAUUUACUUUUGCAUUAUCUUCUCUUAUUUCAGACAAUAAUAAUUUCACUCUUGCUUGAGCGGCUAGCAAUUGAUAAAUAAAUCAUUAUAUGGAUAACCUAUUGAUACUUUA